GAGAGAGAGAGAAACUUCGUCCUUUCUCUCUCCGCCUCUCUGUCUCUCACCACCAGUGAGUCUCUCUCCACUAUUGUUCUCUGCGCUCUCAACUUCUCCGCACAGAUAGAGAGAGAAAGGGUUAGAGAGAGGGGGGGCGAGCAUUGUGAGGCCUCCGCGCAGUCGCCGCCGUGAUGGGUUCCAUUCCUCCGCGGCUUCUCCCCCACGCGCCGCUUCGGUGUCGCUUGGUUCGCACGGCAAUGGAUUCGCGAGCGCGUCGGUUCUGAUUGUGCGGCGAGCGGAAGCAAGAGAUUGAUUCUUCUUCUCUCGCUCUCACUCUCUUCCCGAUUCGAUUUCGAUUCGGCAUUAGGUUUUUCUGCGUGGUCCUGCUCGGAGCGCUGGCGGACCUAAAAGCGACCCUAUCCUUCCUGCGCUCGUCUCUCUCGUCGAUUCUGGCCGAUCGAUUCGAUUUCAAGUCGAAGAAGAGGAAGCGGCGAGGGAUUUUCACUGCUAAGAUGCUCUGGAUUCUGCGGUUCUCCGGCUUCUUCUCCGCCGCGAUGGUCAUGGUCGUCCUCUCCCCUUCUUUCCAGUCGUUCCCGCCCGCCGUUGCCACUCGCUCCUCUCGCCUCGACGGUGGCCUCCAGCUUCCGGCGGACGCCACCGCCCUCGGCUCGCCCGAGCGGUUCUCGUUCCGGAGAGCCUCUGCAUUCCGCAAUGCUGAUGAAUGCAGCUCCGUCGACGCCUCAAUAUUGGGCGGAACCAGCGUCUGCGAUCCUAACCUGGUCCACGUCGCGAUUACUCUCGAUCUGGAGUACCUGCGUGGUUCAAUCGCGGCCGUGCAUUCGAUUCUGCAGCACUCCAAUUGUCCGGAGAGCAUUUUCUUCCACUUCCUGGUGUCGGAGACCCGCCUCGAAACCCUAGUGCGGUCCACCUUCCCUCAGUUGAAGUUUAAAGUGUAUUACUUCGAUCCGGAGAUCGUGCAAGACUUGAUCUCGACCUCAGUGAGGCAAGCGCUCGAACAGCCUCUCAAUUACGCGAGGAAUUACUUGGCUGAUUUGCUCGAACCCUGCGUCAGCAGGGUGAUUUACUUGGAUUCUGAUUUGGUCGUCGUUGACGACAUCUCGAAGCUGUGGUCGACCAGUCUGGGCUCGAGGACGAUCGGCGCGCCUGAGUACUGCCAUGCGAACUUCGCCAAGUACUUCACCGAGGGCUUCUGGUCAAACUCGCGCCUCGCCGGCGCGUUCGCUGGCCGGACGCCGUGCUACUUCAACACGGGGGUGAUGGUGAUAGACCUGAACAAGUGGAGGCGCGUGGGGUACACGAAGAGGAUCGAGCGGUGGAUGGAGAUCCAGAAACGGGAUCGCAUCUACGAGCUAGGCUCGCUGCCGCCGUUCCUCCUGGUGUUCGCUGGGCACGUGGCGCCAAUCGAGCACCGGUGGAACCAGCAUGGGUUAGGUGGUGACAACGUCAGGGGCAGCUGUCGGGACUUGCAUCCUGGCCCGGUCAGCCUCCUGCAUUGGUCCGGCUCCGGCAAGCCGUGGCUUCGGCUCGACUCGAGACAGGCGUGCCCGUUGGACUCGCUCUGGGCACCCUACGACUUGUACGGACACCCCCCCUGAUCGAGAAAAUUUGGGCGACCCAGAAGCAUGCGACAGUGGUGCAUUUGGAGGCGGGGUUGACAUCACCUGGUAAAUUGAAAUUGCCAUUCGAAGGACUACUGCUACUGUUAAGUCUCUUGAUUUGUCCUUAAUCAUGCGAUUGUGCUCGAUCGAUCGUUCUUUCUUUCUGAUUUUUUGUUCCUUUUUACUUUUGUUGUUUCUAUUUUCCUCCCCUUCAUUUGCGGGUAAUUUUUUGAUGUAUGUUUAAUUGUGCUUUUGGGGCUACAGGAUUUUUAGUUAGACUUUCCUGAACUUCACAUUGUUGUUAAUGGAUCUCUCUGGCCACUUGUAUUCGAUUCUCUCAUUGUCCGUUCUGGAAAUAAAAGGGGUGACGAGAAAGAUAUUCAUGAUG